AUGCAUCGCACCGGCAUUCAGUCUUGUGACUUGAUCGAAGUAUAUUGUGCUGUAGAAAGAAAAUGGCGAGCAAAUAUAAAACUGAGAAAGUUGGUAUUGUUGGGAGCUUUCUUAAUCACGGGAAAUAUAAAAAAUAUUUAUUUAUGCUAUCAUAUCAUAUAUUUUUAUUACAGUGGUCUAAUUGGAAGAUCAUGGGCAAUGCUUUUCGCCUCUGUGGGUUAUCAGGUCACGAUAUUUGAUAUCAUUCCGAAGCAAGUAACCGAUGCGUUGGACGAUAUUAAAAUACAGCUGAAGACUUUGCAGAACGACGGACUACUGCGUGGAUCUCUAAACGCUGAUGAACAGUACAGUUGUAUUAAAGGAUCCACUGAUCUAGCUGUUGCAGUGAAAGACGCGAUUUUCGUCCAAGAAUGUGUGCCAGAAAGUUUAGAUUUAAAGAGGAAAGUUUUCCAAAACUUAGACAAGGUUGUGGAUGAUAAAACUAUUUUAUCUAGUUCUACUAGUACGACAUUACCAUCUUUAAUCUCAGAAGGGAUGAAACAUAAGUCGCAGGUAAUAGUAUCGCAUCCAGUGAACCCACCGUACUAUGUGCCAUUGGUGGAAAUAGUCCCAGCGCCUUGGACGAAACCUGAAGUUGCCAAGAAAACAAGAGAAAUUAUGAUCGAAAUAGGACAAGAGCCGGUGUCACUAACGAGGGAAAUUGAUGGAUUUGUGCUCAACCGCAUACAGUACGCCAUUUUGAACGAGGUUUGGCGCUUAGUUGACGACAAAGUCGUUGACGUGAAGGACAUCGACAAAGUUAUUUCCGAAGGUUUGGGAAUGCGAUACGCUUUCCUUGGUUCUUUGGAAACCGCGCAUUUGAAUGCUGAAGGAAUGAAGAGUUAUAUCGAAAGGUACGGUGACACAAUCAAUAGCGUAAGUAAGACGUUUGGUGCGAUCCCUCAUAUGAACACAUCAAAAAGCGCGGAUACGAUAUGCGCUCAACUAAACGAAAUGGUUCCUAUCGAGAGGCUUCCAGAAAGGCGAGCCUGGAGGGACGCUUGCCUCACACGUCUAUCAUUGCUCAAGAAAGAAAUGAACACAAAAUAUAAAAAGUAA